AACACAGGAAGACAGUUUUCUCCAAGGGAAGGGAUGUGUCAGAUCCAAAAAUACAUCCACCACCACCAGUGUCCUCUUCUGGAGGGACCACCUCUGUGGGGCAGAAGUUCCUAGAAACUUCUUCUGCUCAGGCUGGUGGAAAGUGCUAUGAGGAGAGCAGGGCUGAUGUGAAGAAGUCUACAAGGUUGAGACAACAUACGCAAGAGUCUUUGGAGCCUUGGCACACAUAGCAGGACUUGCUCAUGGGGGUUGUUUGCUCUACCAUCACACACUGUGUACUCAAGCUGGACUUUUCUCUGGAGGUGGUGUCAGGUGAGCAUCGAUUGCCUCUGGCAAACUGUGCAAGAACAAAAGAGGUCGCAUACCCCUGCCUUUCAUUUCCCUAAUGGCAGAGAAUCCUGACAAUAUGGUUGUGAAGCACUUUGUGUUUUAAAAGUUACUCCUUUUUUUUCUGAUCACAGAGGAGAGCUCUUUGCUGGACUCACAGGGUACAGCAGGGAAAACCUAAAAGGACUUCAGCAUUGUUUAAAGCCCGUUUAAAGACACCUUCUCUUGAUGAGUCUACAGAGGUUAGCCCUAUUUCUUCCCAUCAUUUUCUCCUUGUCGUUAGCUUGUGCAGACAGAGUAUCAAGAACCUUAUGGGAAAAGCUGUGCAGAAGGAACAAGGCCUUUUGGCAUUUUCCGUGCUGGAGGCAGGAAUGAUGGGGCUCAUUGCACCUGGCCAGGGCCACCCCACCAGACAGGUCUCCCAGCUUAAGCAGCAGAGGCUGUGCGAGCAGAAACCAAGAGAUUUUAGAAAAAUUCCCCUUUCCAGUGACAAAACGAGGGGCAGAUCUUGAGUAUUAAUGAAGCCAGGUUAUUAUCUGCCCUGUGUCAACAGCAUUGGAAAACAUGGAAAGGAACCAUUGCCUAUAUCUUAAUUUCUUGCUGUUAUAACAGGUUGCGAGCUUUCAAGUCAAAAACCCCUCUUCUCUGCCACCCCUCGCUGUGCACAAUAGGCUGCACAACACACUGCUCUCUUUUUCUCAUCAAAAGAGAUUUUUCAUUUGAAGGAUGUGCCAAGAAGGACCCAUGUGGGCAGGUCGUUGUUCCCACAGGCAGCAGUGGUUAUUCUGCACAGGGGCAUGGGAAAAACUCGACCUGAAAGCAGAAUAUUUGGACACCUGAGCAGCAGCAAACUCCAUCAUCCCAUGCAGCAGAGUUUCUUUCCCUCAAGGUGGCAGAAGAGGAGCAAAAGUGUGACCAGCCCAGAAUAUGGAGAGGGAAGCAGGUGAAGGAGACUGAGCCACCCGCAUGCUGCAGAGAUCCUGCACCCAUCCGUAGGGCCUCUGUGAAGGAAGCAGCCCUCUGUGGUACUUAGCCAGCUUUCUGCCUAUGCUGCUUUGCUGACAAAUCUUCCUCUGGAUCAAGCCUCCAUGCUGCCAGGCUGGGGUGGGAUAUUGAUUUGUUCCCCACAGAGGGGCUCACAAGGGGACUGUGCUUGUCUCACACAAGCCAGAGCCCAAAAUGCUCCGUUUUGGACAGAAAGCAGCACCCAGAGGUAACUUUUCAAGCUCGCACAUAGAAUCAUAGAAUCAUAGAAUGGCUUGGGUUGGAAGGGAUCAUCCAGUUUCCAUGGGCAAAGGUUGCCAUCAGGUUGUCCAGGGCCCCACCUCCAGGGAUGGGGCAUCCACAGCUUCUCUAGUAACCUGUGCCUGUGCCUCCCCACCCUCUGAGCGAAACAUUUCCUCCUCACAGUAAUAAGAAAUAAUAGGAAAAUAGGAAAUAAUAGAAAAAAACUGUAAUUGCUAUGGUGUUUUUUUUUUUCUGUAGUGUGAAAAAUGUGUUAGUCCAGAAUGAAGAAAAACAGCUUAUAUCAGUGUUGCUUUCUUUACAUUAUAGCCUUGAUUCAGUUUAGUCCUGGCCAGCAGUUGGACUCCAUGAUCCUUGGGGUCCCCUCCAGCAUGGGAUAUUCUACAAUCCUGUGUCACCUGUCUGCCUGACUUCGGUGCUUAGCACCCAGUGGGUGCCCUAGUGUUCACUGGGCUGAGGCAUGUUGGCCUCUGUAACCUACAUACACUCAGGAUUUUGUUCUUCUCUGGGUUGUUUAUUCAGUACGGAGCUACGUGUGUCUCCACAAGCAGCAGCUCUGUGCCAAGAGGAGGAAGUUAUAGGAGGAAACCAGCAACAAGAGCCUGUUGCUCAAUUAGCUGCGUUGUCAGCAGCGCUUGGCUUACAAAAGCCGCACUUGGGAUUGUACAACCCACACACAUUGCACAAAGCUGGCCUCAGGACGAGCUGAGGUUUUGCCUAUUGGUUGCUCCUCUGCCAUGUGCUGGCUGUAUAGGUGGUGGGAGAGGUCUGGGGGUCAGAAAAGCAAGGACAAGCUCAGGCAAAUCUUUCCUCCAAGCACAGACAGGGAGGAAAUGUUUUUCACGUUUUUUCUAUCAGGACAUGAGGGAUGAUUCAACAGGACCCCAAAGCUGUGCCCGUGACAGACGUGCUCAGAUGAGCAGAGGGAUGCAUUUUCUUGUGAAGUAGUGCCUUCUCUUUUUAUCAGGACCAUGGUAGAGCUGGAUGCACUUCUGCUCUUUGCAAAAGCUACAGAAGGAUAGAAAAUAGUCAAAUGCAUGUGGAAUGCUGGGAUAAUUUGCCACCUCAUUCCUAUAGAUUGUGCUAAGUUUUGAACCUUCCCAGUGCCUCUGAGAGCCCUGGCUGCCUUCAAGCCCUGACUAAGACCCUGAAGACCUGGAUGUGAACUGCCUGAAAACCAGUGCCCAGCAUGAUCCUGGCUGUUUUCCCGUGGGAAGGAACAUUGUUGCAGUGAUGCAGGAACUUCCUUCAUCUGCCUGACGCAUCCGCUUCGGGUCAUUAAGAAAGCAUUUCUCAAUCGGGAGAUGAGAGAAGUAGGAAGUCCCAGCCUUGUUUUACAAGAGACUGGCUGUUUGCAGUGUUUCCCAAUCAUUUUGCUCUUCCCUCAGCCUUUGGAAAGGAAUCCUCAAUCCAGGCUGCUGCAGUGGAGCAUGGCGUGUUGGAAACAAGUGUUCCCUGCAUCUUACAGCAUCGUGUGGGGUGUCCCUAGGGCUCCUCCAUUUUUGCUGGAGCUGGGAUCUGGAAGAUACAAGUAAGGCUGCACUGAAAGGCUCAGUGGUUGGAAGUUGGCCAGGCUUUGGGCACCACAGGCGGAUUGGGGUGCUGGCAGAAAACAGUUCUUCUGCAGAUAAUGGCACCAUUUCUUUUCCUUUAAUUGGGAAUGACAUUUGUUCCCUAACCACAGCUUUCCCUGGAGAGGUAGGAUUUAAUCCCACAGUUUGCCUACCCCAGAGGGACAGUUUAAGCCUCAUGAGCCCUGCAGUCACACUGCCUGGGGGAGUGUGUAGGUUUCCUGGUGCAGACCCAAGCAUGAUGCUCCCUGACAGGCAGCUGUAAAUCUCCCAAAGUACGCAGCUGGUUAACCUCAUCCAUAUGUUGAGAUCCACCAAGAAAACACUCCCCUCUGGCAGAUGAACGACCGCGCUAUUUAAUAAAUCAGCAUCGCAAACUCACAGUGGGUUCACCUGAGCAGGGUGGGGGCUCACCUUACACACACGCCAUGCAUCGGUGCCCAAGCAGAAGAAAAUCCAAGCUGCUAAGCUCUCAGUAUGAUCUCCAGGUGCUGUGCACACACACACCACGCUCUCGUAUCGCCACAACCUCUCUUAAACAUAGACAGGCUUCCUCUGGCUUUGUGGGCGAAGGGUGUGCAGCCUCCCUCCGGCACCUGCAGCCGAAGGCGUGACUUGGCAGCAGGUGACACUGCCUCUCCCUGCCUGUAACCACAGCCCUGUGCUUGCAGGACAAUCCAAGCAGUGCCCGUGGCACUGGGUGCUCCCACCGCCCCGGCAAAGAUGGUGGAAGGAGUGCUCGCCAAACUCUUCCCCAAACGGCCAUCUGCUCGCUUCGUGCAGAAAUAUCAGCCCCUUGGGAGCACCGAGCCAGAAGAGGAGAGCCAGGAGUGUGAGCUGAAAGUCAUUGAACAGGAGAAGGAAGUGACAGUUCUGCUACCAAAAGAUGCUUGUAAAUGCCAUAAAGAAGACUUGGCUAAAGCCUUAAACGUUGAUCUACAGACUGGGCUCUCUGAGUUUUCUGUGCUGCAGCGAAGGUUAAAACAUGGCUGGAAUGAAUUUUCAGUAGAUGCCACAGAGCCUAUAUGGAAGAAAUACCUGGACCAGUUUAAAAAUCCCCUCAUUCUCUUGUUGCUGGCUUCCGCUUUGGUAAGCGUCAUCACUAAGGAGUACGAGGAUGCUGCGAGCAUCACCAUGGCUGUGCUCAUCGUGGUCACUGUGGCCUUCAUCCAGGAGUAUCGUUCUGAAAAGUCUCUGGAAGAGCUGAACAAGUUGGUUCCUCCUGAGUGCAACUGCCUGAGGGAAGGAAAACUGCAGCAUCUUCUAGCAAGAGAGCUUGUGCCUGGAGAUAUCAUAUAUCUUUCUGUUGGUGAUAGGGUACCUGCAGACCUCAGGCUAAUAGAGGUUACAGAUCUGCUGGUGGAUGAAUCCAGUUUUACAGGAGAAGCUGAGCCUUGCAACAAGACUGAUGGUGUGUUACUAGAAGCUGGAGACAUAACCACUCUGAGCAAUGUUGUUUUCAUGGGGACCCUGGUGCGAUAUGGGAAGGGAAAAGGUGUAGUUAUCGGGACAGGUGAAAAUUCACAGUUUGGAGAGGUGUUCAAAAUGAUGCAAGCUGAAGAGACUCCCAAAACACCUCUCCAAAAAAGCAUGGACAGACUGGGGAAGCAACUCACCCUUUUCUCCUUUGGCAUAAUUGGUUUAAUAAUGCUCAUUGGCUGGUUACAAGGAAAGCAUCUUCUCAGCAUGUUCACCAUUGGAGUUAGCCUGGCAGUGGCUGCCAUCCCAGAGGGCCUUCCCAUCGUGGUCACUGUGACACUGGUGCUGGGUGUUCUUCGUAUGGCCAAGAAAAGAGUGAUUGUGAAGAAGCUGCCCAUCGUAGAAACCUUAGGCUGCUGCAAUGUCAUCUGCUCAGACAAGACGGGCACUCUGACUGCCAAUGAGAUGACAGUGACUCGACUUGUGACCUCAGAUGGCUUCCAGGCAGAGGUCAGUGGGGUGGGCUACAAUGGAGAAGGAAAUGUUUUUCUUCUGCCAUCAAAGGAAAUACUUAAAGAAUUUUCCAACGUUUCGGUUGGGAAACUAGUGGAGGCUGGCUGCGUGGUCAAUAAUGCCAUUAUCAGGAAAAACAGUGUGAUAGGACAGCCCACGGAAGGAGCUCUUCUUGCUCUCGCAAUGAAGAUGGAAUUAGCUGACAUAAAAGAUAUUUAUGCAAGAAAGAAGGAAAUUCCAUUUAGCUCCGAACAAAAGUGGAUGGCUGUGAAAUGCACGCUGAAAAAUCAGGAUCAGGAAGAUAUUUACUUCAUGAAAGGAGCAUUUGAAGAAGUGAUUCGACAUUGCACUAUGUAUAACAGCAGUGGCAUCUCAUUAAUGCUCACACCUCAGCAGAAAGCCUCCUACCAGCAGGAAGAGAAAAGAAUGGGCUCCUCAGGUCUACGAGUACUCGCUUUGGCUUCAGGUUCAGAACUUGGCAAACUGACCUUUUUGGGCCUGGUUGGAAUAAUUGAUCCCCCCAGGGCUGGAGUGAAAGAAGCUGUGCAGGUCCUUGUUGAGUCUGGUGUCUCAGUAAAGAUGAUAACUGGAGAUGCCCUGGAAACUGCUGUGGCUAUAGGGCAGAAUAUUGGCCUCUGCAAUGGAAAACUGAAAGCCAUGUCCGGGGAAGAGCUGGAUCAAGUGGCAGAGUCAGAGCUCUCAUCCACUGUCAAAAAUAUUUCCAUCUUCUUUAGAACAAGUCCAAAGCACAAGCUAAAAAUCAUAAAGGCUCUGCAGAGAGCUGGUGCCGUUGUGUCAAUGACAGGAGAUGGUGUUAAUGAUGCUGUGGCUCUGAAAUCUGCCGAUAUUGGGAUUGCCAUGGGGCAGGCGGGUACAGAUGUCAGCAAAGAGGCUGCCAACAUGAUCCUUGUGGACGAUGACUUCUCAACAGUAAUGAACGCAAUAGAAGAGGGAAAAGGAAUAUUUUACAACAUAAAAAACUUUGUCCGGUUCCAGCUGAGCACGAGCAUUUCAGCUUUGAGCUUAAUUACUCUGUCAACAGUGCUCAACCUACCUAAUCCACUCAAUGCCAUGCAGAUCUUAUGGAUCAACAUCAUCAUGGAUGGGCCCCCAGCCCAAAGCUUGGGAGUUGAACCUGUUGAUAAGGAUACAAUCAAACAGCCACCCCGAUGUAUUACGGACACUAUACUCAGCAAAUCACUGAUCCUGAAAAUCUUCAUGUCAGCUCUAAUUAUCAUUAGUGGAACCCUCUUUGUCUUCUGGAAGGAGAAUCCUAAAGGUGGCAUAACCCCCCGGACCACAACCAUGACUUUCACGUGUUUCGUGUUUUUUGACCUCUUCAAUGCUCUGACGUGUCGUUCUCAGACAAAGCUGAUACUGGAAAUAGGCUUUUUUCGAAACCGCAUGUUCUUGUAUUCUGUGCUCGGGUCAUUUCUGGGACAGCUGGCUGUUAUAUACGUCCCUCCAUUACAGAAGAUCUUCCAGACAGAGAACUUAGGAGUGCUAGACUUGCUCUUUCUUACUGGACUGGCUUCCUCAGUUUUCAUCGUGUCUGAGUUGGUCAAACUCUGUGAAAAACACUGCUGCCACCAGAAGCACACCAAGGAAUGCAGUAACUGAUGCCCAGAGAUGCGCAGAGCAGAGCUGUGAUGCUGGGGAACUCAAUGCAUUGGUCUAACAAUAGCAUCUUUUCUGAAGACACCCCAGUGAAUCUGUACCAAACAUUUCUUCCCACUCCAGUCUGUUCCUUUUGUGCACUGUACAUAAGCUACGUGAGCUGUCUACAGACAUCUCUGGAAUGACUCCUGUUUUAAAGCAAGAUCAGGUAUAUUUUUAUAACAUUGAUCUUUGUGUUGAGAAUGCUGGUAGCCCCCAAACAGAGUAACGCAGUUUCACACCUGUACAGAAAAAUCUAUUGUGCAUAAAUUGAAGUUUUAUUUAUUUAAAUCACAGUGAUUUUUAUUAAUAAAAUUCUAUGUUUCAAAAUGA